GGUGGUGCUACGUGUACACAGCAGAUAUGCUGUCUGUGGAUACCAUCUUUCUUCCUCCACUCUUGUCUGCCAGCCCAACAGCUAAAAUCAGAAAAUCAAAAUCCUAUUCAUUUUCCCCACUGAUCAUUCCUUCACUUCUCGCCUCGAUCAAUAACGUGAAUGGAACUCUACAGCCUGCAGUCAAUCGCGGUAACUAAAAUCCCUCGGAGAGGGUUCGCCGAGAAGCCAUUCUUGUGUGGCCAAACCGUGAAGCCACUGCCCUGCAACAGCGUUAAGAGAUGCUCAGAUUCCAGAAAGCUUAAAUUUCUUGAUUUCAGAGCUCAGGCUUCAGGAACCACAAAGUUCAGCUCAGUGGCACCUGAAUCCAAAGAUGUCAACUUGAAAGAUGGGAAUGUUGUUUUUGUUGCUGGGGCGACUGGUAGGGUUGGCUCAAGAACGGUGAGGGAGCUUCUGAAGUUAGGCUUCCAAGUUAGAGCUGGUGUUAGGAGUGCCCAAAGAGCUGAGCCUCUUGUGAAAAGUGUGAAGCAAAUGAAGCUUGAUAAUGCGGCUGAUGGAGGGGCUUCACCUAUAGAGAGGCUUGAAAUUGUGGAGUGUGACUUGGAGAAAAGCAACAUUGUGCCUGCUUUGGGCAAUGCAUCAACUGUUAUAUGCUGCAUCGGUGCCAGUGAGAAGGAGGUAUUUGACAUUACUGGACCGUAUCGAAUUGACUAUCAGGCCACAAAGAACCUUAUUGAUGCAGCAACCACUGCAAAAGUCGGGCACUUCAUUUUGCUCACGUCUUUGGGAACAAACAAGUUUGGGUUUCCUGCAGCUAUUCUGAAUUUGUUUUGGGGAGUCCUGUGUUGGAAAAGGAGAGCAGAAGAAGCACUUCUUGCCAGUGGCCUUCCUCAUACUAUCGUGAGACCUGGAGGAAUGGAGCGACCGACUGAUACAUACAAGGAAACUCACAAUAUCACUCUUUCUCGGGAAGACACUUUGUUUGGUGGGCAAGUGUCAAACCUUCAGGUCGCGGAGCUCAUGGCGUUUAUGGUGAAAAAUCCAACCGUGUCGUACUACAAAGUGGUGGAAGUAAUUGCAGAGACGACAGCGCCAUUAACCCCGUUGGGCGACCUUCUCACAAGGAUACCAUCCAAACAAAAGGUUUCCCCAGCCAAGGAUCCAGGUAGCGCAACUCAGCCCGCUGUUUCAGCUGUCACGAUCCCUAAAAUCACAAGCACCCCCACGGAGAAAGAAUCUACCCCGGCAACUGCAAUAGAAGCAAAACCUCUCUCUCCAUAUACAGCUUAUGCUGAUCUUAAACCGCCCACGUCCCCAACUCCGAGUCCUCCAAGUGGUGGUAAAAUUGUUGAUAAGGUCUCAUUGCCUGCUGAAGCUAUUGAUCCCAAUUUGGCCAAAGUAGAAGUGCAGAAAACAAGCCCGUUGUCUCCCUACACUGCCUAUGAAGAUUUGAAGCCUCCUACCUCCCCGACUCCAACUCAGAGUCGUUCCAAAGCUGAAGUGCAACUUAAUGUGCCAACGAAUGGUCCUCCCACUAUUGCUCCUUCUCGCCAUUCCCCCUACCUCGUAUACGAUGACCUCAAGCCUCCUACUUCACCUUCACCGAGCACACCAACAGUGUCUCCAGUUGCAGAAAAACCCGAGGGGACAUUACAUGUCAAUACAUCGAAAGAAAGACCCCUCUCACCUUAUACUGCGUACGAGGACUUGAAGCCUCCAACUUCUCCUUCGCCAUCAUCUCCGAAGCUAUGAAGCUGAAGACAUUUCAAUGGUUUUCACCAUAAGACUUGAGAGUUUUCAGAGGCUGAGGCCAUGAACUUCCUGUAAUUGUUUCAUAUAAUUACCAUAGCAGAGCAAGUAAAUGUAGUCAAUGCAUCGGCUCAUGCACAACUGGAGUGUAUAUUUCUGCAUUUUUAUGUAUUCCCAUUUUUUGGAUGUAAUAUAAUUCAGUUGUUGUAAUGUACUAAUGUGGAUCCUCAUGUCAUUCUUGAUUAAACCCACAGAUUUGCAGCA